AUAAAUGCAGGUGGUGGCGCACACCAGGCUGCACAGGCUGAAGACAAUCCGGCACACAGUCACUCGAAGAGUUCGUUUCGCGCAACCCACGUAACAGCAGUCGCUCAACUUCAAGUCGCCGGUAGUGAAGUUGCGCAGUUGGCUCUCGUGCCCUCCUGUGGAUAAACGCUCUCCUUCGCCGAAAGAAACAUGAAGAACCAAUUUGUGGCAGUCUUUGUGAUACUCUGCUUCAGCUCUGCCGCAGUGGACGCAAACGCUGCAGUGGACAGAGUCGUCGAGCAAUUGAAGUCCUUGGUGCGGGAGUUUGUGAAGGACCAGGCCAAGGCUCAGGAGUAUCUGGGCGCGAUCGACGGCGCGCGCGAGUGCCUCGCAGUCGCCAAGGACUUCAACCCGAAGAUCAUCCAGCAACUUGCCGACAGCGCCAUUCCGACAGCCAUAGAUUGCGGCGGAAGACAUAUAGGCAUCAGGGACCCGCAGGAAAGAGCAACGGCGAUAAGGGGCUGCUUGGUAGAGAAGGCAAAUAGCUUUAAGCAAUCCAUGGGAAUGACGCCAGAAGAGAUGAAGAUGUUCGACGAUGCUUCAGCUUGCAUCCAACAGAAGACUGAAGGAAUAGUUUAGUCGGAGCCGAACUUGAGCAGAGAGCGACAACUCACGAGGGCCGCAGGCCGCAGCGCCG